UAACGCGAUAGUGUGUGAGUGUCAGAGGAUUGUUGUCAUUUCGAGUUUGUUUACAACCAAAACUUUAAGAAAUAUAUUUUUCCACGAAAAUCUAAGUUUUUGGCAAAAAACAUUUUAAAAUCUUGACUGAUAUUUUGUCGUAUCAACGAUAGCGAAACAUAUAUAACCAAUGAUCAAAGUAUGUCAUCAUGAACGCUCACCGUGCUGGCCUUAAAGAUUUCUUUGACUACCAUAAAGAUGACGAUUUGAUAUUUAGCACAGCAAAAGUGGUAACGAAAAAUAUGCUCCAGCCAACGGACAUAGAAGAUGCAAUAUCGAUUAUGAUACAACAUUCACCGAGCAUAUCAAGCAUAAUGAACCGAAAACUGAUCACGAAAGUUCUAAUUUUUCAAUACCUAAAUGCCCGUCAUGUGUCAGUAACAGCCGAUUUCAGCAAACCUAUUCUGCUAGAAAGAUUGUUCGAAUUUUGGAACCACAAAUUCAGCGACCAAUCUAGUCAGAAAUCGGAGUGUACAGAUCAGUCCGUUCAUCAAGCAGCUAAGGAAGAUCAAUUUCCCAUUCAUCAAAUGUCGCGCCAGUUUUCCACUUGGUUCUUCAAAAUGUGCAACGAAAGUCAAUUGAAAAUUGUAGAUUUUUGGGCCGACGCAGAAUAUUCGAUUGAAAUGAUUGCAUCAGGUCAAUUGGUGCGACAGGAGCAAGGUUCCGGAUCACAGUCACUUCUUGAACUAAUGCAAAGUUUGCACAGUCAAGACAAUUUGUUAUUCAAUCCGAACGAUUGUCAUGAUGGAAUUCAGGGCCGUAUAAAUGUUCAUGGUUUGGUUAUGGUACUGUGUUGCGGUACCCUACACUCACCGGGAGUGUUUAUUGGUGUUUUCGAGUGUAUGUUUGGAUUGCUGAGAGAUCCAUACGCUGACGGCAAUUGGAAGAUCAAGCACCUGCGAAUGCGAUUAAAUUCGUCCAGUCCGAGAGAGGCUCCACGACUUGAGGAAUGUUCGUAUUUAGAAACGAUGAUGGCACUACCACCACCAACCAAUAUGGACUUAUGAAAAAGCAGCUGGAGUUGUUUUUGUGCUUCGUCUAAGUCUCGUUUAUCGUUGUCUGAAGUUUGAGUAUUUCCAAUAAAAAUUGAAGAGUCCGUUUUGUUAA